UCAUGGGUGUCCUGUGUGGGAGGGCUCUGCUGCUUUCCGCAAGCUGCCUGCAGCCACAAUCGUUCCUUUCAUUUUGAUUUUUCUCAUUGCCGGGAACUGCAGCUCCACCCGUGGCAGAAGAAGCCUGUACGGUGCAGAGGCUCCGGGUCUCUGUCUGUGGCAGCAGCCUCCAAAAAGAGCCGCAGCUGCUCAGGCUGGAGCACAGAGCCCAUUAACCAUAGUGCAGGAAACGCAGGCAGCGUCAGGUAUCGCGGCUGGUAACUGCUCUGAUGUCUCGGGAAUCAUGGCAGCCGAGCCACCCCAUCACCUUGCUCAUCCCCAAGGCCCGGGGAAGGCGAGCGCAGUAUGCCAUGUACUUGCUCCUGGCUCUGUGCGCCGCAGCACUGUACAUCACCGGGGAGCCCCUCGUGCCCACCGCCCGCAGCCUCACCUCCCACUUUGUGGCCCUGCAGACUGGGGUGCUGCUCAAGGGCACCUGCUACCUGGCUGAAGAGAUCUUCCACCUCCAAUCCAGGUACCAUGGCAGCUUCUGGAGGGCCCUGAGCGCCUGCUUCCCCCUGCACUGGCAUGCACUCAUGCUGCUCAUCUGUGGCUCAGCCUACGUGGCUCUUCUCGAUGGAGAUGGGCAGCCGCUCAUCCUGCACCUCAGCCUGACCAGCCUGUGCCAGCUCCUCAUCCUCGCUCUGGGGCUCCACAAGCCCUCAGCAGUGGAAAUAUCUGAGAUGUCUGAGAGGUCCAAGCAGAACGUCGCUCAUGGGCUUGCCUGGUCUUAUUACAUUGGGUACCUAAAAAUAGUCCUGCCACGGGUGAAAAAGUCAAUGGAGGAAUUCAGCAGAGCCAACCCCAAUUUGCUGGCAUACAGGGAGACCUGGAAGCUCCACAUCUUGGUCCCUCUGAGCUGUGACAUCUAUGAUGACCUGGAGAAAGCUGACAGCAAUAUCAAGUACCUGACAGACCUCACUGAAACCACCCUGACCCGAGCUGGCACCAAGAAAAGGGUCUACAAGCACAGCCUCUACACAAUCAGGGAUGAAGACAAGAAGCUCUGGCACUGCGCAGUGGAGUAUGCCACUCCGCUGCAGUCCCUCUAUGCCAUGUCCCAGGAUGAGUGUGCUGCCUUCAGCCGGGAGGACCGCCUGGAGCAGGCCAAGCUGUUCUACAGGACGUUGGAGGAGAUCCUGAAAGGCUCCAAGGAGUGCACGGGUACCUACCGGCUCAUUGCGUAUGAGGAGUCGGGCGAAGCAGAGAGCCACUUCUUGUCCAGAGAGAUCCUCUGGCACCUCCAGCAGCAGCAUCGUGAGGAGUACACCAUGUACGAGGGGAACCAGCCGCACAACCCAAACACAACCCUCAGCUCAACAGAGCUCAACCUCCAGAUAAGUCAGUCAGACCUGCCACAGCCUCUGCGAAGUGACGGCUUCUAAAGCGCCCGCGAUGCCCAGCCCCACACCGCUGCCUCAGGGCUCCGGUACCCCUUCCCCAAGCCUUUUCUUCUUGCAGCAAGUGCCACCCAUGGCAGCGAUCCCCAGCCUCCUGCAGGAACUACCCACCAAAACUUCCUUUGCAUCAUGUUCACUGGAAAUAGCUGACUCAAACCACAAUCCUGUGACAUACUUCCCAUUUUCUUUGUUAUGUAUAUCUCAUAUAUUAAUCCAUGGAUUAUUUUUUUUUUUUAAAUCUGCUUUGAUUCAUAUCAUAUAAAGCAUUU